GGGCGGGGAGGAAGCGGCGCCAUGGGGCGGCGGCGGCGGCGGCGCUGAGAUGGCGGCGGCCCGCGGCUGCCCCCCCCCGGCGGGCUCCGGGGACCGCGGCCUGGCCGAGCUGCUGCUGGAGUUCUCCCGAGCCCAGUACCGGGCCAAGGACGGCGGCGGGGCUGCCGCCAAGGUGGAGCGGAUCGAGCGGCGCUGCCUGGAGCUCUUCGGCCGCGACUACCGCUACAGCGUCAUCCCCAACGCGCACGGCGAGGUCUGCGCGCACUACCCGCGGCACAUCGUCCUGCUCGAGCGCGACGCCGCCGCCGCCCGUGACCCGUUUGAGAGCACUGUGCAGGUCGGCAAGCUGCAGGACCUUAUCAACCGGAGUAAGAUGGCGAGGUGUAGAGGACGAUUUGUUUGCCCGGUCAUUCUGUACAAGGGAAAGCAUAUUUGCAGAUCAGCAACGCUGGCUGGCUGGGGAGAGCUCUACGGGCGCACUGGUUACAACUAUAUCUUCUCAGGGGGCUCUGAUGAUGCCUGGGCAGAUGCAGAAGACAUUUCAGAGGAAGAUUCUGCACUUAGAAACGCAGACUCCCAGCUGUUUGACAAGGUCAGAGGACAUGACAUCAAGCUGCUUCGUUACCUUUCUGUCCGAUACAUCUGUGAUCUGAUGGUGGAAAACAAGAAGGUGAAGUUUGGCUUGAAUGUGACGUCUUCUGAGAAGGUGGACAAAGCUCAACGUUAUGCUGAUUUCACACUUCUCUCCAUCCCAUACCCAGGCUGUGAAUUUUUUAAGGAGUACAAAGACCGGGAUUACACAGCUGAAGGUCUCAUAUUUAACUGGAAACAGGAUUAUGUAGAUGCCCCACUAAGUAUCCCAGCCUCUCUGACCCAAUCUCUGAAUAUUGAUUGGAGCGAGUACCAGAGCUGGGACCUCGUGCAGCAGACGCAGAACUACCUGAAGCUGCUGAUCUCUAUCAUCAAUAGUGAUGAUGACAGCGGGCUGCUGGUGCACUGUAUAUCCGGCUGGGAUCGAACUCCUCUCUUCAUCUCCUUAUUGCGCCUCUCCUUAUGGGCUGAUGGGCUGAUCCACGUGUCCCUGGAGCCGUCUGAGAUUCUCUACCUGACAGUGGCCUAUGACUGGUUUCUCUUCGGGCACAUGUUAGUCGAUCGACUCAGUAAAGGAGAAGAGAUUUUCUUUUUCUGCUUCAAUUUUCUGAAGCACAUCACCUCUGAGGAGUUCUCUGCUGUGAAGUCACCGAGGAGGAAGAGCUUGUCACCUGGCUUCACCCUAGAGGAGAUCUGCAUGCUCAAGCAGAGAGACCGAGGCAGCACCACGAGCCUGAGCAGCGACUUCUCCCUGGGGAUGGAGAGCUCCCCUGGAGCAGCCGGGAGCUUCACCUACGAAGCUGUGGAGCUGAUGCCAGCAGGAGCACAGGCCCAGGCAGCAUGGAGGAAGAGCUGUGCAUCAUCGCCACAAGCUGUGCUCUGGAGCAGGGCGCAGCAGUCUGAAGACAGGCUGCCUUCUGCGGGGAUGGUGGAAGUGAAGUCCUCCAGCUCCUCCUCCUCAACGCAUUCUGAUAACUUCCUGAGGAUUGGAAGCAGCCCGCUGGAGGUGCCCAGAUCCAGAUCGGCCGACCAUUCUCUGCCCGGAUCUUCCGUUUCCACAGACUUUGGCAGCUGGCAGAUGGUGACAGGGUGCGGCAGCAUUCGGGAGCAGGCGAACCUGAGCGCGGACGCCUCUCUCCCUUGCAGCUUCCCGGAUGAGUUCCCUAGCACUUGCCUGCUGGUGUCGGCGAGCGACCGCGAGUCCCGGCUGGAAGAAGUGCGUUCCUCCUUCCUGGCCAGCUACAGCCGCACCAUCGGCCUCAAGGCCGUGCCCCCCAGCCCCUCGGGGGCCAUCGGGGGGCUCCUCGAGCAGUUCGUGCGGGGCGUGGGACUGAGAGGCAGCAGCACGCUCUGAGCGCCCGGCUCCUGGACCGACCGCUGGCUGGAGGAGACCCGGGACGAGCCGGGACCCCCGGCCUUGGGGACACGCCGGCCCCCGUGGACCCCGCUCCCAGCUCCGGCUCACGGCCGCCCUUGCGUGGGUCUGGGGGAGCAGCGGGGGGGGCUCCGGGGCCCCUGGUGCAGUAAAGCCAUCUCUGCCGCCCCGCC